UGUACAAGAUCGUCCGUGUGUGAGAGCGCAAGUCUUCUUGUUUAAUAAUAACCCGUCAGCAACGCUUGUCUCGAGCUUGCUUGUGCCACAUCACCGGUAAUCACGUGGUAGCAACGAUAAACAUCGACGUCUGAACUGUUCUUGUGUGUGACGAAAUACGAAAACAUUCGCUGCAAGUGUGUGUUAUAGUACUCCUGCAUUUUUUGCACACCAUUCGUACUGACAACGGAAAUUCAAUUCCAAAUCAGUUAUACCGUCUUCCAGUGAAUUCGAUUUGGGUGCGCGUAGGGUGGGGUCCGUAAUUUCUCGACACGGUACCAAUCCGCCACAAACGAACUGACCUAGGCCUCUAGGGAGUUGUUUCCGGUGUUGGCAUGACUGGCCUCAUACGUGUGAGAGGCGCAUUUGUUAGUAACAUGAAUUCGUGUGGUGGUGCCAGCUGCUUUCUGCGAUGGUGUGUCAUCGCUGCUGUGAUCCUUGGGCAUACUACUGCGGAAGGUUUCGAGGAGGCUAUGCUAACAGCCGUUCUCAAGGAGGUGCCGGAGAUUGUUAAUCAAAUCCUGUACAUGUGGGAUCAGCUGGCUGCACCUGCGCACUGGACAAUGGCCACUGUUUCAGCACUCGACCAGGUGGACGGUGACGUGCUCUCCUUGCUGCGGGGCAAGGAGCGUGACGUGUUGGAACGGAUCGGGCAGGUUUCGUUCCAGCUGGAGCGCCUGGAGAAGCAGCAUGCCAUAAGCUCUGCCAUGAUCGAAAGCCUCCUGCAGGACCUGAGAGCAUUGCCCAGCGUGGUCCGGCUGGGACGGAACUUGGACACACUCGCGGACUUGAUGGGUCGGGUCAGUUCCGCGGAUAUGGUGCUCAACAGGUACAUCCAGCGAGGGUACAGUAACGAGACGGAGGACGCAAACUGGCUGGUGGAACGCCCGACGUUGGAAGAUUUCGUAAGCACGGUGGUGUCACACGGGUCCUCCUCGAUCCGCGGCCUCCUGGAGAGGAUCCACUCUAUCGUGGCGCCAGAGCAUGGAAUGGGAUCACAGCUACAGAGUCCGGGCAUCUUCUCGCAGCUGACAGAUGCCAUGCACGAAUCGCGGUCAAACAGGUGCAACCUACAGCAGUCUCCUCAGCAACUACUGUACAAUCUCUACAACUCCGUGGCCAUCACAGAGCUGAAGGGAUAUGCCAUGAUGCAGUUCUCAUGGAUGUUAUUGCGCCUAUAUAAGAAAGGCAACUUCACAGUUGAGGCCGAGCUGAUGCAGGAACGCUACGAAGAGAGAACAGCACAGAAAGUUGCUGCCGUGAAGGACGCCAUGAGCAUUGCAGAACGAGACAUGUGGAGAUGCGACCCAAGAGAACACAGAGAGGGCGAAACAUAUGUGGAGCUGACACAGCUGCUGCAGGGCCAAGUUCAGAAUGAGGUGGACAUGAACAGUGAGUCCACCUGCAGGGAGAACUGUGCAUACUACAGUUAUGCCAAGAGCCAUGGCUGCUACAACAGCAAUGUCUGUGCCAAACAGCCGCGUUGCAAUGGCAAGUUGAUUGACUGCAGGUACAUCGACUCCGAUAUGUGGGUGUGCCAAGCGGACAGCAAAAGCGACCGUCGCUACACCUAUAUCGAAUAUGAGAACGGACGUAUCCUUGGGAAGAGAGGUUCAUGUGAGCGAGGACUAACGAAGGUGGACAGCUGGUGGCGCUGGCUGUUCUGGCAUUGUUCAUAUUGCUUCUGUCUAUGUGAUGAACAGGGGCCCAAGUCUGAUCGGUACUUCAAUCUCCGAGAGGUCAAGGCAGAUGUUGCCAAUAACAAGGUAGUGACAGGACUGCGGUUUGUGAAGGAGAAUCGAGUGAUCCACCUGCAAAUUCAAGAAGCAGGACUUCUGCCUCGGGGAGAGAUAAACAUGACAUCAGUGCAGUGGCGACCCGUUGACAACUACAGAAUAUCAGAUUCUGAUGUGUAUAAUGGGAAAGACUACCACACUCUGAGCUGGGAACAAAGAGCAAUCGACCUCGAUGAUCUUGUGGCUCCUAGUGGGUCUGUUCUGACAGGAGUUCGUUUUCGGCGAGUGGGAACUCAUCUGAACUUGGAAAUCAUGGUGACCCCACUUAAUUUUACAGCAGGUACACUGGAUAACCCCCACCAGAAGAGCAUUUGGCAUGGGAAUGACAACACAGAUGCCUCCCUUGAAGCACCCAGGAAGAGACUGUAUAUCUCCAAUCCUGAUGUGCCGACAUCUACAAAUGAUGGGUCUAUUGUUGACUCACGAUCAGACCAAUUCCUGCUGUUUACACACUCUGAUAUAGAUACAGAUGCCGCACAGACUACAGUACCAUUCCUGGAUGCUCAGCCUGUGGCACCUGAUCCACCUACUCUACUUGCUGGAGCUGGAAUUUACCACAAGGGACGGUCAGGCUACGGAGGUUUUAUAGGACCGAAAGUUGUGACAUACGAUUUUAAUUCCCAUAUACAAGCUAUAUUUCCAAUCACUAAAGAUGAAGUGAACUGAUUCAGAUAUUGGAAGCUUUUCCACUCAACCAGUAGGGCUGCGCUGUUUGUCCGUUUCAGUAUUUGUAUCCUUUGCAAGCAAAAAUACUAAUGUUGAACAAAUACUUCUUCAGUACUAUAGCUACAAAUUCAAACAGUGUAUAUGGCUCUUUAAAAUAAAGUUCAAACAUAAAUGCAGAUUAACAACUUAUUAAACAGGGGACUUCAUUACUAGGAAAAUGCUUGAUAAAUGAAAUUGUGGUAUUAGUAAUAAAACUGUGAUUAGAUAAUUGGUACUCCUGUUCUCUUAUAUCUUUGUAUCAUCAAUAAAGAUUUAAAUGACUA